GCUGCGCAUGCGCAGUUGCUGCCUUCGCAUUCCCCGCCCCUCUCGCGCGGCGGCUCGCGGGACGGCGGCAAGAUGGCGCUCAACAGUUUUUUACCAGCUCCAACCCAGCUGUCUCAAGACCAGCUAGAACUCGAAGAAAGGGCAAGAGCUCAAAGAUCUAGGCAGACUGCUCUAGUCUCAUCACGACGGGAACCUCCCCCGUACGGUUACCGGAAAGGAUGGAUACCACGAGUGCUAGAGGAUUUUGGAGAUGGGGGUGCUUUCCCAGAAAUUCACGUGGCCCAAUACCCAUUGGAUAUGGGCCGAAAGAAGAAAAUGUCCAAUGCUUUGGCUGUUCAGGUGGAUGCAGAAGGAAAAAUAAAAUACGAUGCAAUUGCUCGACAAGGACAAUCAAAGGACAAGGUUAUUUACAGCAAAUACACAGAUCUUGUGCCAAAAGAGGUCAUGAAUGUGGAUGAUCCUGAAUUGCAAAGACCAGAUGAGGAGACAAUUAGAGAGAUAACAGAGAAGACAAGAGCAGCCUUGGAGAAAUCAGUCUCCCAAAAAAUUGCGGCAGCCAUGCCAGUUCGAGCAGCUGACAAACUAGCUCCUGCACAAUACAUUCGGUACACGCCAUCCCAGCAAGGCGUUGCCUUCAACUCUGGAGCGAAACAGAGAGUUAUUCGGAUGGUGGAAAUGCAGAAGGAUCCUAUGGAGCCUCCAAGAUUCAAAAUUAACAAAAAGAUUCCCCGUGGACCACCUUCUCCUCCAGCACCUGUAAUGCACUCUCCUAGCAGAAAGAUGACCGUGAAAGAGCAGCAAGAGUGGAAAAUUCCUCCAUGCAUUUCAAACUGGAAAAAUGCAAAGGGUUACACCAUUCCAUUAGACAAGCGUCUGGCUGCGGAUGGCAGAGGACUGCAGACUGUUCAUAUUAAUGAAAACUUUGCCAAGCUUGCUGAGGCUCUCUAUAUAGCUGACAGAAAGGCUCGUGAGGCUGUAGAAAUGCGUGCCCAAGUGGAGAGGAAGAUGGCUCAGAAAGAAAAAGAGAAACAUGAGGAAAAGCUCCGUGAAAUGGCUCAGAAAGCCAGGGAGAGAAGAGCAGGGAUCAAAACCCAUGUUGAAAAAGAGGAUGGCGAAGCUAGAGAAAGAGAUGAAAUCAGACAUGACCGGCGCAAAGAGAGACAGCACGACAGAAAUCUUUCCAGGGCAGCCCCUGACAAAAGGUCAAAGCUGCAGAGAAAUGAGAACAGAGAUAUCAGUGAAGUUAUUGCCCUGGGGGUACCUAACCCCAGGCCAUCCAACGAGGUCCAGUAUGACCAGAGGCUGUUCAACCGGAGCAAGGGCAUGGACAGUGGCUUUGCUGGAGGAGAGGAUGAAAUUUAUAAUGUUUACGACCAGCCUUGGAGAAGUGGCAAAGAUAUGGCCCAAAACAUCUACAGGCCAAGUAAAAAUGUGGAUAAGGACAUGUAUGGUGAUGAUCUAGAGGCCAGGAUAAAGACCAAUAGGUUUGUUCCUGACAAAGAGUUUUCUAACUCUGAUCGUAACAGCAGGGGGAGGGGCAGAGAUGGACCAGUUCAGUUUGAGGAGGAUCCAUUUGGUUUGGACAAAUUUCUGGAAGAAGCUAAGCAACACGGUGGUUCUAAACGGCCCUCGGAUAGCAGCCGCCCUAAAGAACAUGAGCAUGAGACGAAAAAGAGGAGGAAGGACUGAACGCCUCUGAUCUUUGAGUAGCAGAGAAAUGGACUCCAAGCCUGGACUUUAUGCAACAGGCAUUUUUAAUAUCAGUGGUGUUUACGGGGGACAGUGUUGUAAUACAACAGUUGACAACCCUUUGUUUUGUGUGGAGAGAUAUGUAUAUACACACACUAAUUCUUCUAGCCGUGGAGUGGAGGAACGGAGACCAGUUUGGAACACUUCACGGAGGAAUUAUUCUUUAGCAAGUGCUCCAACUUAGCUAAUUCUCUGCCCAGCAUCUCAGGGUAAGAAUGUAGCCCCCUCCUACAGCUUUAUUUUUUGUAGGCAGCUAAUGCUUCUAUUUCAUCUGUUUUCCUGCUGUAUAUAAUCACUGUCUUAUGCUGUAAUGGAUGCUAUGGAGUUUAUGAUUCAGCAUUUCUUUAGUGUGGUUAAGCAGUUUAUUUGAACAAUGAGGGGAAACAGCUGGAUUCUGUUUUAAAACAUAAGUUUCUCAGUAAACUUAAUUUCAGUUUCUGUACAUUUAGUGAAAUAAAGCCUCCUUCCACUGCUCACUCA